AGGAAGUGACGUUUUGGGCUGCAGCCUGUUCUCAGGAUCCGCCCGCUGUAACCAUGGCGACAAGGACGCGGAGGCAUGCGCCUGCGCAGUGGUUUUCUGGAUCCCGUUUCAGGAGCAGAGAGAAUGCUGGAAGCGAGAGGCUAAUGUUGUUCUCACGUUUUCCCACGGGAGAUGUAAAUUUAUGAUGUCAGAACCGUUAACUUUACCCAGUGCAGCUUCCUCAUCUGGUACACUUGCUUUGUAUGUUCUCUAGCGGUAGUUUAACAUAACGGCCCGCCUGUCGCCCGGGUCGGGUGUGUGCGUUGUGUCCGGUUGCACAAGGAAGGAUGAAGGCGUCUCUCUCUAAAGGCAUCCGGCUGGACGCUGUUCUCCAGGAGGGCUUCAACGAGCAGCAGCUAUCAACCUAUGUGUUGUGGGUGAACAGCCAGUUGAAGAGGCGACCAGGCCUGAAGCCCAUCGCAGACCUCAGAGUAGACCUGCAGGAUGGAGUGGUGUUAUCACACCUGGUGGAGAUAGUGGCGGGGGAGGCGUUGGAGGGGGUACAUCAGGCUCCUAGGGACCGAGAGGAGAGCAGGGAGAAUGUGGAGCGAGUCCUCAACUUCAUCACCUCCAGACGUAUACGCAUGCCUCACACCUCUGCUCGGGAUAUAGUAGAAGGUGAUCUGAAGUCAGUGAUGAGGUUGAUUCUGGCUCUAGCUGCCCACUUCAAACCAUCAGCCAAUCAGAGAGCAGCGUCCAGGGGUGGACGGAGCAUGGCGGGAGCCGCAGCCAACCACAGGACACUCUCCACAGUUGCCAUGGCGCAGAGCGCAGCAACAGCAUUGGCAGCCGCACGACACGACGCAGAGGGAACAGCUAGUGGUUGGGGUAUGCUUGUAGAUGAGGAUGGAGGUGUGUGUGUUCGUGCUCUGGUCCAGCAGUACGAGAGAGGACCGCCAGACGAUCCUGACACAACACCAAGCAGUUCCCCCAGAGCCCCGCCCACCAGCCAAUCAGACAACAGAGAGCCGGAGGAGAGCCAACCAGAGAGAAGCACUAAGUCAGGUUGGGAGAGUCCUCUGACUGAGAGCCUGGAGAGAGAGAUGCAGGAGACACGGAGAAUGGUGUCAGCUCUACAGGCCCUGUUACUUCAUGGGUGUCUGCCAGAUGAUGAGCAGGAGACGUUGAAUCUGACUCUGGGAGAAGAUAACCCUGAACAACAACUGGUGGUAAUUCGUAGUCAUCUAGAUCAGAGUAUGGAGGAGACUCAGGAGCUGAAGAGAGAGCUGUUGCGUUGUAAACAGGAGGUACGGAACCUGCGUGGAGUCAAGGAGGCACAGCAGCAAAGAUUGUUUGCCCAGGAGGAGUGUAUGUUGCAGCUAAAACAGGAGCAGCUCAGAGCCAGCAUGACCCAGGACCAACUCACCAGCCUCAACGCGGAGCUACAGAGGAAGUUGGAUGAGAGGAGCAGGUUGCUGAGUGAGUGCAAGAAGGAACUUGGACAGAAGGACCGACUGCUGCAGCAGCACAAACACAAACUGGAGGAGGGCCAGCUACAGAAGGCUGGCUUGCAGAGAGAGCUGGAGUGUAAAGACAACAUGUUGCAGGAGAUGAUGAGUCGUCAUGGUGACCAGGCCCCGCCCCACCUCACGGCCACACCCCUUCCCUCUGGGGCUGAGGAGCUGCAGCUGGUGCGGUCAGCGUUGAGGAGUCUGAGAGGAGUGUUCCGAGAGCAGGAUCCUCAACACCACACUCUGGAUACACUGGAGCAGGGCAUCACAUCACUGACCGACAGACUGACACACACACACCAGGUACAGGGGAAGGGGAAGUCUUCAGGAUGCAACAGAGCCACACACAACCAGCACGACUCCUGGCCUCCAAGCAAGAUGGCCCACUCCUACAGUAGUCCAUUGCUGAGCUCGUGUGGUUCCACUAAGGUCCUCUACUUUACAGACCACUCACACACACCCUGCAUGAUCCACAUCAACAAGAGGUUGGGGAAAGUCACUCUGAGAGAUGUGAAGACUGCAGUAGACAGAGAUGACAACUACAGAUUCCACUUCAAAGCCCUCGACCCCGAGUUUGGUACCGUUAAAGAAGAGGUAUUUGAAGACGAGGCGUUGGUUCCAGGCUGGGAGGGGAAGAUAGUGGCCUGGGUGGAGGAGGACAACGGAGAGGAGAGGAUUAAAGGACCUAGCUGCUGAGGAACUAGAGGACCUAGCUGCUGAGGAACUGAAGGGAACUAGCUGCUGAGGAACUAGAAGACCUAGCUGCUGAGGAACUGAAGGUCCUAGCUGCUGAGGAACUGAAGGACCUAGCUGCUGAGGAACUAAAGGACCUAGCUGCUGAGGAACUAAAGGACAUAGCUGCUGAGGAACUAAAGGACCUAGCUGCUGAGGAUCUAAAGGACCUACAGUUGAAGUUUUUUCAAAUGUUGUUACGUCACAGCCUUAUUCUAAAAUUGAUUUUUUUUAAAUACACAAUACCCCAUAAUGACAAAGCAAAAACUGG